UUCUUCUUUCCUGGAAUAGUUUUGGUCGCGUUGAGUUCUGCCACGAAUUGUAGGAUUGACUUAAUAUUUUUUUUUUAUGCCCCAAAGAAUGUAUUGUUUAAUUACUGGAACGAAGAUUUGGAUGGAAAAUUCAAUGUACUUUCUCGUCUAACUGCGCCGUUGGAGCUGAUUGGCACAUUGAUUGCGCCGACGCGGACAUACACCGGACCAGUUAACUGCAAUGAUGAAGACAAACCUCCUUUUGUGUAGAUCUGCAGCCGUGAAGAUGAAUCCCUAGCUGUUGUUUUUUCUUCUUCAUUUCUUGUCUUUAAUUUAAAAGGCAACAUUUCUGAUAAAACGUCACCCAUAGAAGGUCAUCAUAAACAGGUCAUCUCACCUUAUACCACCCAGACCUUGAACAUUCUGCAGAUAGGCGGCCCUGUGGGUUUGAGACUUUGUUUCUGACAACAUAGCAGCAGACAACUUGGGAAUUUCCUCAAAUCCUGGGAAGAACAGGUGAACCUCCUCUGCAAAGCACCGAUGGUCGACAGGACACUCGGGAUUUAAUCCUCGUCGUGAUACGAUGGAUAAGGUAGAGCAGAUCUUGUCAGAGUUCAGACUGAAAAAAGAAGAGCUGAAAGAAAUCAUGCAGAGGAUGCAGUGUGAGAUGGACAGAGGACUGCGUUUAGAGACGCACGAGGAGGCCAGCGUCAAAAUGCUUCCGACCUACGUGUGCUCCACCCCUGAGGGCUCAGUGUGUGUGUUGACAGAGGUAGGUGAUUUCCUGGCUCUGGACCUGGGAGGGACCAACUUCCGUGUCAUGCUGGUCAAAGUGGGCGCCGACGAGGAGAGGAGCUGGAAGGUGGAGACCAAGAACCAGAUGUACUCCAUUCCUGAGGAUGCCAUGACGGGGACUGCUGAAAUGCUGUUUGACUACAUCGCAGAGUGUAUGUCAGACUUUUUGGACAAACAUCACAUCAAGCACAUGAAGCUUCCUCUGGGUUUCACCUUCUCUUUCCCAGUUCGACACGAGGACAUUGACAAGGGAAUCCUGCUCAACUGGACCAAAGGCUUCAAGGCCUCUGGGGCAGAAGGUAACAACGUUGUGGGUUUACUCAGAGAUGCUAUCAAGAGACGAGGAGACUUUGAGAUGGACGUGGUUGCCAUGGUGAACGACACAGUCGCCACCAUGAUUUCCUGCUAUUACGAGGAUCGCAGCUGUGAAGUCGGGAUGAUUGUUGGUACUGGUUGUAACGCUUGUUAUAUGGAGGAGAUGAGGACUGUGGAGUUGGUGGAAGGGGAGGAGGGCCGGAUGUGUGUGAACACAGAGUGGGGGGCAUUCGGAGGCAACGGGGAGCUGGAGGAGUUCAGACUGGAGUACGACAGGGUGGUGGACGAGACCUCGAUUAAUCCUGGACAACAGCUGUAUGAGAAGGUGAUCAGCGGGAAGUACAUGGGCGAGCUGGUCCGGCUCGUCCUGAUGAAGCUGGUGAACGAAGACCUGCUGUUUGAUGGCGAAGCCUCGGAGCUGCUGAAGACACGUGGCAGCUUUGAGGCGCGUUACGUCUCACAGGUUGAGAGUGACACUGGGGACAGAAAACAGAUCUACAACAUCCUGUCCUCCCUGGGUGUUCUGCCGUCCGAGCUGGACUGUGAUAUUGUGCGUCUGGUCUGUGAGAGCGUCUCCACCCGCUCCGCUCACAUGUGCGGCGCAGGGCUCGCAUGUGUGAUCAACAUAAUGCGGGAGCGACGCGGCCAGGAAGCCCUGAAGAUCACAGUGGGGGUGGACGGCUCUGUCUACAAGCUGCACCCAUGCUUCCGUGACAGGUUCCACAAAAUUGUCAGGGACCUCACGCCUCACUGUGACAUCACCUUCAUCCAGUCGGAGGAGGGGAGCGGUCGUGGCGCAGCCCUUAUCUCAGCGGUGGCCUGUAAGAUGGCCGCAUGCAUGCUGACACAAUAAACGGAGCUGCGCACUGAGCUGUCUCCCUGCAGGACAGCGGCGAACUCUGAGCUCAAUACACUGAUGACGACGACGAUGACGAUGACGAUCAUCAUCAUCCACAGACGUGCAGCUCUGGUCUUCUCCAGGCUCGGAGGGAGGUGUGUCAGUGAGCUGGAUAUCACUGGAACGAUGUACAGACGAGAAAGCAGCAGUUUGGAUUAUAGACUAUAUUUGGUUGUAAACUGAACCAACUUGUAGCAAUAUCAGUGUUAUUGAACUUUAAUAUUUGGUUUACUGUGGCACCCGGAACAUUAGGUGGUUCAUUUCAUAUACAUUCGCCACCACGGCCUGUUGAUAGUGUUUUGAAGUGGGCUGCUCCAUUUCAAAAAUGGCUUGUGUAUUAUUGAUGAUAGUGUAUUAUAUUACCAGUGAAAAGGAUUCUUCUUGUAUAUGCUGUUGUAAACUAUGUGACUACAUCGAAUCCAAUGCUUUGUCGUGAAGUGAUUCCUGUUUGUGAACGAUGACAAAUUUCACUGGCAUCUUAUAUUUCCAUUUAAAUGUUUAUAACUCCAUGUGUCUUAGCCAGUAGGUUGUAAUUUCUUCACAUGUGCUUGAUGAAAUGUACUCUGGAUGUGAAUAAGAUUAACUGUAAAUAAAAAAAAGCUCAAUUAUGAUAAAAGCUGAACUCUA